AUGGAAUACUUCUCCAACACCCAACCGAAUUCAUUUGCCACAGCUCAUCAAACCAGUCUGACCCUGAAAACGAAGCUCUACUUGAUGUCCAAAAGCACCCAGGUUCUGAGAGACAUCCAAAACCUUCAACUGUAUCUCUCCAAGAAAUUUCGGCCAGCUCGAUGGCUAGAUUCGAUCUUCGAGCAGCCUGCAUCAACCCUUGACUUCAAUUCUUUCGGUCGUCUAGGAGAACUUGAUCUUUUGGCAAAUUAUGUCAGACUGAUUGAUCAGAAUUAUUCGCGCCAAUUAGGUGUCAUGUGGACACUCGUCGAAUUUCAUCAGUAUUGUCAAUUCCAACCGUUUGUGAAGAGCUUGAAGUCGUCGGAAGGAACCCCUUCCGACGAGCUGGUACACAAUCCAGCUCGUCGGAAGGGAAUCCUCCCGGCGAGCUGGUACAUAUACCAGCUCUUCGGAAGGGAAUCCUUCCGACGAGCUGGUAAAGAAACCAGCUCGCCGGGAGGAACCCCUCCCAACGAGCUGGUGUGA